GGGACGAGGAGGAGCAGCAGGAGCGGGGAUCGGCGCUCCCGCCGCCGCCGCCAUGCUCCUGUGCGCUGCCCUGCGCGCCGCGGCCGCACGCUCGGUAAGACAGAUCCGAUACUUGCAUGGAACAGCAGAGCGCAAUGCCACUGGAGCCUUAUUUGUGCAUAGAGAUAGUCCUGAAAACAAUCCAGAUACUCCAUUUGAGUUCACAUCUGAAAACCUAAAGCGAAUAGAAGCGAUCGUAAACAACUACCCAGAGGGACACAAGUCUGCAGCUGUCAUGGCAGUACUGGAUUUGGCCCAAAGACAGCAUGGAUGGCUGCCCAUAUCAGCUAUGAACAAGGUUGCUGAAGUUUUAGAUAUGCCUCCCAUGAGAGUCUACGAAGUAGCAACCUUCUACACCAUGUACAAUCGCAAACCUGUUGGGAAAUACCACAUUCAGGUCUGCACCACCACACCGUGCAUGCUGCGAGACUCUGACAGCAUUUUAGAAGCCAUUAAGAAGAAACUUGGUAUUAAAGUUGGGGAAACAACACCUGAUAAGCUCUUCACACUAAUAGAAGUGGAAUGUUUAGGUGCUUGCGUGAACGCACCGAUGGUACAAAUAAAUGACAACUACUAUGAAGAUUUGACACCCAAAGACAUUGAAGACAUAAUUGAUGAGCUAAAGGCUGGCAAAGUUCCCAAACCAGGCCCAAGGAGUGGACGUUUUUCUUGUGAGCCAGCUGGUGGCCUUACUUCCCUGACUGAACCACCCAAAGGACCAGGUUUUGGAGUUCGAGACGACCUCUAAGGAUUUUUGUAAUAUAAGAUGAACUGUCUGAAAAGAAUAAAGUAUCUUCAAUCUCAGUAAUUAUGUACAUUCUAAUGUUUUGUUUUAAAAAUAAAACAAAACUGCAAUUAGACUAUCCAACUUACUGUGGUUUUUAACUACAGCACAUUUUAAUUGUAAUUCCAGGUUAAUAAGAAAAGUGGUUCUGUAGGCUGUGCAAAGUAAUUCCCUGAAAGAGUCCACUUACGGUCAAUAAGCAAUGAAAAGUUGAGUCUUUUGAUCUGUCAUUGAAAAUUUUUUCAGCUUUUUCUAAAGCUCUUUGAAGAAGCAACAAAUCUCACUAAAUUACAAAUCUGGCAAGUGCACAAGGAACCAGCCUGAAAGGAGAUUAUCUGACAAAAUUUCAUCAUGUUACUUUUAUUGGCAAUUUAUAAACAAACACACAAAUAAGAAAGGUUAUCUGAGCUAGGUUGUGUAAAAACUCUUGUAGGUUCAGUUAAAAGUGGUUCUUCGUAAGCUUAAUUCUUCUUAGUAUCACUCUGUAAUCAGGAAAAAUGUAAAGCCUCUAAGAGCAGUAGUACUCUACUAAAAGAAUUAAUAGCAACAAAAACCAACUUCUUGUGCAAGUUUAUUUAGUACAGAGAAGGUAUGGAGUUGUGGGGGGGGAAGACAGAAUCUACCAGAACAGUUCAACAUGUGCCUGAGGGCAGUAAUAUCUGACACUGGAUCUUUGAGUCACAGAUCCUUCUUUGACCUUACUACUAUGCACCAACUUCUCUCAAGAACUAAUCUGUGUAAAAUUGAAGAAUUUCUUUCAAUAUAAAAAAGUUGAAGAUAGUAUUUUUAAAAAUUGACUGCCUACUGACACUUAAUACCUAUGCUUAUAAAACUGAGCAAAAGCUUUAGCUAUACAGACAUAUAUUUCCAUAUAAAUUAGGAAAUGUGGAUACAUCAGUCACUUGAGACUAUAUUGUGUCUGUCUCUUCUAAAACCUGCUAUGGAAUUUACAUUAUAGUUGAUGAGAUAGAUGAAGCUUAACUGUAUAAUUUAUAAUUCUAUAUUAUAUUUAGUUCUGUUUUCAUAGUCUGAUCGAUAGUACUAAACCAAACUAUUCUCGCUCUUCAGAGUUAAAUUCUGUUUUUACAGAUUAAUGUAAAAUGGCUAUUAAAUGGCUAUUGUAAAAUGGA